CAGAUGCUGGGAUGAUGCAGUGUGACGCCAGACUACAAUCGUGGCUGUGAAACGGGGCCAAAGCGCGUUAUUUCUGCCGUGCAGGAGGACGUCCUGAGUUCCUCCAGCUAAGCAGCCUCUGCGUUCCCAAAUGCUGGCAAGGGGCAGGGGGCCCUGGAGGAUCAUCAAGGGGAAUAAUGAUAGGGCAAGAGAAUUUCCUUCUAAGAAGCAGAGCUCCACUGAAGCAACAUAACUUUCUCCAAAACAACCCCCUGAUGUGGUUUCAGCUUUCAGGGGCCCACACAGAUAUUCAACAGCCCAAGGAAAACACACUGGUAUCUAUUUCAGAUGAACCAGAUACACUAUACAAGAGACUAACUGUUCUUGUUAAAGGUCAUGACAAAACCGUGUUGGACAGUUAUGAGUAUUUCAUGGUGCUUGCUGCUAAAGAACUUGGACUCUCAGUUGAAAAAGUAGAAGAACCUCGAAGGAAGAUAGAGCGAUUCACACUUCUGAAAUCUGUUCACAUUUAUAAGAAGCACAGAGUUCAGUAUGAAAUGAGGACACAUUAUCGAUAUGUGGAGUUAAAGCAUUUAACUGGCAGCACAGCCAGUGUAUACCUGGAAUAUAUUCAACGGAAUUUACCCGAAGGGGUCGCCAUGGAAGUAAAAAAGACCAGAUUAGAAAGGCUUCCUGAACAUAUUCAGACACCUGUUUGGGACACACUGCCUGAAAUAGAAGAAACAGCAGCUAAAUCAUAACAUACCUGAUCUGCGGACGUUCCACCUACAUUUUAUGUUAGAACCAUAAAUGGAAUGUAACGGUCUUAUUAUGAAAGUCCUGUUUUGAGUUUGAAAAUAGUCUGUACCACUCUGGUUUUAAGAAACCUUUUCUUGACCACAUUUUUGUAAUUGGAACUCCCAAGAUAUGAUUGUUCCGAAGAGGUGGAAGUAAGUAGAUAUAAGUGUGUUAUGUACACUUGUGUCAUGAUUUGUUUAAGCUGGAACUUAAAUGAAAAACUAUUUUAUAAAUUCUAAGUUCAAGUGAUUUAUAAUGUUUGAAAAUACUUCCUUUCAUAAUUUUCAGUAAUCUAAGACUAAUAAUAUUCUACAGAAUUUCUGAGGAAAGUGUUACCAAAAUAUUUCUGCUAUUGUGAGGAUCAUAUUAUAAGCCUCACAGUAUUUGAGGUUGUUAUAAAUAAUGUGUUUAAAAAUUCAGAACAGUUAAUGAAAUGUACAAGUUGGUGCACUUCAGUAGUUUGGUAGUAGUUAUGCAUGGGAGUAACUCUUGUUUUCCUUGACUUUCCUUCACACCCAGGGGCAGCUGUCUUCCAGUGCCAUUGAUAUACAUUCAUUCUAUUUGUAGCUUACAAAACUAGCUUUGUGGACAGGCACUAUAACAUAGAUACAAGCUUGAAGCAACUUCCUGUACUGCAGCCACUCACCCACAAACCACAAAGUUGUGAGUUCAAUACUAGCAAAAGGGCUCAAGCUUGACUCAGGCUUGCAUCUUUCCGAGGUCGCUAAAAUGAGUACCCAGAUUGUUGGGGGCAAUUAGCUUACACAUUAUAAACUGCUAAGGGAGUGCUUAGGUGCACUGAUAAGUGGUAUAGAAAUGUACUUGCUAUUGCUAUCAAGUUUUAAACUGUUAUAGGACUGUAUGUCUGCAGAAACAUUUGGGGCUGGGAUUUGCAGGAAGAAAACAGAACAUCUACUUCAAUCCUUUGCCUGACUCCAUUUUUAGUGUUUUGAAUGUUUUAAAUUCAGUUGUUCUCAACCUGUGGGUCGCAACCCCCUCGGGGGUCAAAUGACCCUUUCACAGGGGUCCCCUAAGACCAUCGGAAAAAACAUAUUCCCAAUGGCUUUAGGAAUGAUUUUAUGGCUGGGGAUCACCACAACAUGAGGAACUAUAUUAAAAGGUCACUGUAUGAGGAAGGCUGAGAACCGCUGAGUUAGGCACUUUUUAUUCUGGUCCAAUAACAAUGAGUGCUUAGUAGUGUAUGUUCCAAAUACAUAACUUGAAACGUAGAAUUUCCCUUUCGUCCAAGUGAAAGGAAGAUUUUUUGCAGGAUAUGUGACAUUUGUGUAUUGCUUAUCCACCAAUUCAGAGAUCAAAUGGGAAUGUAACUACCAAUAAUGUCAGCUGCUCUUAAAGAAUUGGGGUUAAGAACCUGGCACUGUGAAAUAACCAAGCUGUUGGCACAGUAAUCUUAAGCUGAUUUUUACUUCUAAGCUGUUCAUUUUCUUUCCUGCUAAAGGGGAAGUGCAAGACCAAGCUGUGCCAAAGUGCUUGUCUUAAUUAGGGCAGCCGUGAGCAGAUGCUAAUCUCCCACAUAGAGCUUACUAAUAACCACAGGAUGUUUAAAAACAAUCAGAAGCCUACAGUAAUAUUUUUAAUCAGGGUACAAACCAAUCUGUCUAAAAUUUUAUUAAGCUUUUUUUUCCAAGCUCUAUCAGCUUUGCAAUAUGUUACUAUUCCCAUUUUACAGAUAGAAAAGUCAGUAUCUGUUUUAGUUCAUUAAACAGUACCAUCAUACAUAUAACUUACUUUCAAUUCAGUGGGCUUCACUUUCAGGAAAUGAGACUGCCUUCUAAAGGGCUUUAAUUUCUUAAGAGCCAAUUCCAGGACUCUGUGAUGCCUUGGGAGGUUGUUUUUUUUCUGGAAAAGGCAUUCAGGUUGCAAUACUAUGCAUGCUAAGCUAGAGUUAAACAGACUGUCAGCCUGGCUUAAACAUUUUUCCUUGCAUAUCUAUAAACCAUUCCAUUAAUAUGCAUGAAAUAGGGGAUAAAUCUUCUAAAAGGGAAUAAAAUCAAAUGGCUCUUCUUUGUGUAAGCUGUUUCUUAGCAACUAGAUUAAGGUUACUAGGAUACAAAAAUGUGGUAGGUAUUGGUGGGGUGAGGAAGGUUCCAUUUUGGUAGAACAUAAAAGGGAGUUUGCUACAUGAAUUGGUCACAUCAUCACCCCGAUGCAAAGUGAAGAUGAGUACCUAAAUAUCUCUAUUGAAAGCUUUGGCUCAGAAGAAAGUGAUAAAACAUGACUGCCCCCCUUUCUUGAUUGCUGUUCCAAACCAUGAGUGAAUUCAUACUGGCAGCUAGUGCAUACUUCAAUGCUAUGUGAUGUUUCAGUGACAUUCUCAACAGCAGGAUGAGUCAGCUGUAACACUGUGUCAAUUUGGAAGGUACUCUUUUCUACCAACAAAACAUUUGCAACAAACUGCUGGGCAAAACUGGAUAGGGCAGCAGUUCCUCUACCUGUCUCAUUGGAGUAUGUCUUCUUGCCCACCGGUUACUCAUUUUUGUACUGUAUGAUUGUCCAGGAACAGAAGUUGCACUGUAUUUAUAUCUACAUCUAUUAUUAGCUGGGUAAAAUGAAUUUAGAUAUAGAAUUAUAGAGCUGGAAAAGACCACAAGGGCCAUCCAGUCCAAUCCCCUGCCAUGCAGGAAAACAAAAUCAAAGCAUCCUUGACAGAUGGCUAUCCAGCCUCUGUUUUAAGAUCUCUAAGGAAGGAGACUCCAAUACACUCCAAGGAAGAGUGUUCCACAGUCGGAUAGCCCUGCAGUGGACUAUACAAAAAAGGAAGCACCACAGGAGAAUGGUGCUUAUGUACCCUACACACAUAAUUGACAUAGUAAGUAAGACAAACACAAAGGCAGUUCAUACUUUACUAUCUUCAUGUUUAUUGAUACAAACUUUUUUCCCCAUCAAAAUAAGGUGAUCCUGCAACAUAAUUUAUUACAGCAGAAAAUAUGUUCCUUAAAUGUGUUUUCUCCCUUAUAUUCAAUGUGAGCCUAUUUUAAAGGUUGACCUCAAAAUGUUUGCAAUUUUUAAAAAGGAAACUUCUGUUAACUAUGCUUAUGGAGAAAGGAAGCAAUCUGUAAGGAAGUUUCUCUGCUGAAAUUGGCUACAUACACACACUAAACCCAGGAGACUCAAAUGUCUGUUCAUCCUGAUAACCAAAGCACAAUUGCUUGCUUACUACUUCCUUAGGAUAAACUGGAUGUGGCAAAUUACCUUUAUGUUUUGCUUUUGGGCUUCUAGAAGAUUCUGGUUAGCAGCUACUGAAAGUAACGAAGGACUCAAUGGACCUUUGUGCAAUAUAGUGAGGCAAUUAAGCUUUCUUCUCAUGUCUAAAAUAAAAACAAUAUUGCCACUAAAUAACUGCAUAGCUUGCAUUUAGGUGUAGUGCAUAAGGUAAAAGGAACAGUCUGUCUACUUCGGGGUAGUGAAAGUGCACCCACUCAGACUUGGUCAAAAAUGUUCAUUUUUCUGCCUUGGGCAGAAAAUUGGCCUCUGGAUCCACCAAAUCUAUGUAUUCCACUUUAUACGCAAGAGAACAUUUGCCGCCCUUUCAACAUUUAUAUUUUCAUAGAUAAGAAGGGGUAAUAAUAUCAGAACUUCCUCCUAGAGACAUGAAAAUGCCAACAUAGGUUUGGAAGCCAUUUUGAGGUUUCUACAGUAUAAAAUGAAUGGGUUCAGGAAGAAUGUUCAUGUCCUCAUACAUGUGUGUACUAUUCUUCUUUAAUGCAAAAAUUGCUAAUAUCCUUACUUUAUUGAUGUGCACCUUCCAAGUCAUUUUUGACGUACAGAAAACCUAUCAUAGGGUUUUCUUGGCAAGGUUCUUCAGAGAGGAUUUGCCAUUGCCUUCCUCUGAAACUGAGGACCAGUGGAAAAUUUGCCCUAUCUCAAGUGAGAACGAUUGUCUGCACAGCCAUACUUACAUAUUGAGUGUAAGACUAAUUCAUUUGAACUGCUAAAAUGUUACUAGUCUUGGAUCUCUCUGUGCAGAGUAGUUGAAGGUUAGCCAAUAACUUUUUUCAUUGAAACAUUACAUAUUAAUGCAGCAGUAUUAUGCAGCCUAUAUUGACCGAGAGCAUAAUGUAAUCACUCCUAAACCACAUGGCAGCUUUGUAUAUAAAGGCAGCUUUGCAUA